GUUGACCUAACCUGGGAAUCAAACUGCAUUAAAUGCAAGUCAUGAGUUUCAUUCUUGAUUAUAUACUUUUUAUUGGGAGGUAUCGUAUGAGUGGUAAUCCUGAUCCCAAUAAAAUUGAGGAAGAAUUAAUUUUUUCUUUCUUUCCAAAAUCCGAUUUUUUUCAACAACAAAAAAGUAAAAAUAUGAUUAAACUCUAAGCCCAAACCCAAGCCAACCUGCACAAAAUCAAGAAGAGUCUAACUUAUGGUGCUUUUACAGUGACCCUUUCAUACUGUGGGACCCAAAAGUAGAGCCCACAGCACAAUACUGCCAUUUCCAACAGAGGCGGAAGGUCGAGGGUCCGGUUAUGGCGGUCUCAACAACGUUCCUCCCUUCAACAUGGCCAUGCCCACUCUCCUCACUGCUCCGCCUUCCGAAAAUGUCAUCACGUUCACGGUGGUGUUCAGUGAUGGCGGCCACCGCAUCAGCAUCAGAAUAUUUGCGUGGAAGUGGAAGUGAUUUAUCAAUAUCAGGCAUAGCGAUAGCGUAUCCAGCACUGGCUUAUUCAACGACUCUUUAUUCCAAAGCAGCAUACAACGUCCAGAUCAUAGUUGGCGACGACGAGCCCGAAGACAAGCUCGUCUAUCGCUUCAAGAAGGAGGUCCUCAAGGCCGGCGUGCUUCAGGAAUGCAGACGGAGAAGGUUCUUCGAGAACAAACACGACAAGAUCAAGAGGAAAGCCCGAGAAGCUUCUAGAAGAAACCGAAAGAGGAGGCCACAAUCAAGAGCUCCAGCACAAAGUACACACGAUUCUCCUAAGAAGAAAGAGGAUGAGGAAGAAUAUGAUCAUUGGGAACUUCCAGAUGUAGAUAUUCCAUAUUGUUAAACAGUGAAAGAAAAAAAAAUGAAAACUUUUUAACAUCACGUAACUCUCUUCUAAUUUCAAUGCCAAAUCCCUCCAUCAAUUGGGCAGCUGACUUAUAUGUGAAUUGCUUGUACAGGCCUUCCUUGUUGGUUCCUUGAGUCUGAUAGAUGUAUGUUAGCACUUUGAGUUUUUAUUUAGUUUGUAUUAUGGAGAUUUUCUUCUAGCUAGGUUAGCGAUUCAAGACUUCCUCGAAA